CUUCCUCCCUCUUCCCAGGGAAGAGCUUCCAGCAAACUGAGCUGCUGCUCACUCUGGUCUUUCUUGACCCCCUGCACUGAGGAGGCAGGAUGCAACCUGAAUUUUGGCUGGGGAUCAGCACCCUGGCAGCAGUGCUGAGCACGGCCCUGCUGGAGAAUGGAGUCUGCCGGGCACCAGAUGGCAAGGAUGGCUUCCCUGGAGUCCCUGGCCGCGAUGGGAGGCCAGGGCAGAAGGGUGACAUGGGAGAGCCAGGGAGACCAGCGCCAAGGACGGGCAUCCAGGGACCCAAAGGGGAUGCAGGCGAACCCGGCCCUCCUGGCAUUCCAGGGAACCGCGGCCUCCCUGGCCUCCCUGGCUUCAUUGGGAUGCCAGGGCUGCCAGGGUUCAAGGGGGAGAAGGGGGUACCCGGCAAUACCCUGGAGCAGCCGCGCCCUGCCUUCUCCGCCUCGCGGAGGUCCCCACCAUCCAUGGGCAGGACAGUGGUGUUCGACAACGUCAUCACCAAUGAGGAGAACUCCUACAGCCCCCAGACGGGGCAGUUCACCUGCCGCUUCCCCGGGCUCUACUACUUCGCCUACCAGGUGGUCUCCAGCGGGGACCUGUGCCUGAGCAUCACCAAGAACAGGGAGAAUGUCGUCAGCUUCUGCGACAACAACAGCGUCGGCGUCCUGCAGGUGAACUCGGGCAGCAGCGUCCUCAGCCUGGCCCCGGGCGACCAGGUGUCCGUGACCACCAACCCCGCCCGGGGCAGCUCCAUCUACAGCGGCUCCGAGGCUGACAGCGUCUUCAGCGGCUUCAUGCUCUUCCCACAGACAGGCUGAGGGGCCCCCAGGGCACUGUGGGGUGUCUGUCUGCGUGGGUGAUCCCCCUGUGGGUGUGGGGUGGUUUAGUGCCACAGCACACGGGGACGGCCCCAAACUGAGUGUGCAGACGGGUCCUGUGCUUCCACCAAUGUCACAACUGGCCAGGCCAUGGGUCACCUCUGUGCUGAGCCUGCCCACUCCAUCCUGGAGGCAGUGGACUCUCAUCCCUUUCUCCUCCUGGGCAUUCAUACCUCACUCCGGAGGGUCCCAGUUGUCACUGGCUGUGGCUCUCUGCUCCUGAGUGGGAAAUCACUGCCUGCCACUGCUUCUGCUACACUAACCACUAUAAAUACCUUCCUGGCACUGGCACACAUUCUCUCACAUCCUCCCCAUCAGUAUAAAUAAACCCUUCUUUCACCAUA